GGACAAAACCACACAUCACUACCACGUCCUCACACAGCAUCACUCUCUCUGACCUGCAAGGUGGUACUCAGUACUCUGUCACUGUCUGCACUGUGCUGGAAAAUGGAAAGCAAAGUCAACUGGUGUCAACAACCCUCACCACAAAACAUUUUCAGUGGUGGAAGAGACCCUCCAGAGGUGCUGCAGUGUGUGUUCUACUGGCUGUCAUCAUAGGCCUGUUGGAUUCCUACAAGACAAGGACCACUGAGAGAGACCAGUUACAGAAUAAUCUAAAUACCAGGACCACUGAGAGAGACCAGUUGCAGAAUAUUCUAAAUACCAGGACCACUGAGAGAGACCAGCUACAGAAUAUUCUAAAUACCAGGACCACUGAGAGAGACCAGUUGCAGAAUAUUCUAAAUACCAGGACCACUGAGAGAGACCAGUUACAGACCAGGCUUAGGUUCUAUGAGAAACCCUGUCUGGAUGGAUGGUGGAAGUUUGGCACCAGCUGUUACUAUGUCUCCUCCACGAUGGACACAGGCGGGGUUGGUCAGGAGGAGUGCAGAGCAAUGGGUGCAGAUGAUGUUAUUAUAAACAGCAGAGAAGAACAGAUAUUUAUCCAUGAUUUAAGAAGCAAUGUCUGGAUUGGUGCACUAAACAGAUGGAAUCUGGCAGGGUUAUGA